CAUGGGUCUGUGCAAGUGUCGCACAGUCACCAAUCUUUUUUGUUUUGAGCACCGCAAGAAUGUCUGCGAAACUUGCAUCCAAAGCGACCACACCAAAUGUAUAGUCCGCUCAUAUUUACAAUGGCUGCAGGAUAGUGAUUUCGACCCUGUUUGUAUGUUAUGUCGCAAUACGCUUGCUACUGGAGAGGUGAUUCGUUUAAGCUGUCUUGAUCUAUUCCAUGUGGAAUGCGUUAAUGAGCACUGCAAUGCGCUUCCAAGUCAUACUGCACCUGCUGGAUAUGCAUGUCCAUCUUGCAAGACUCCAAUCAUUCCUGCAGAAAAUUCUGCAUCUUCAAUUGCAAAAAAUAUCUGGGCAACAUUUAAAAACGAAAGAUGGAGUCAGCAUAUUCUGCCCAAGCAAACAGGAGAAUCUGGAUUUGGAACAGCAGUACAGCAGCAGAGUGUCGGUAGCAAUAAUACUAAUGUGCACAACGAAGGUCCUGCUUUAAACAGCCAUACAAGUUCUACUCAUACUUUAUCUGUGAUGCCUACUGCAGCAAAUGUUGCUACUACGAUUCCACGCGUAGAUUCUGCUCGUAACAGCGACACGAUCGGGCAGCAGCAUUCAUCUGGUAUUGCUUCGUCUGCCCAUUUUCCUGACAAUCGAAUCGGCCGCAAGCCAUCUCAACUUAGAAUAGCUAUUGAUCCAGACGACAAAAAGUAUAAGCGUAGGGGAGGAUCUGUGAUGGGUAUAUUUGAGCAAUAUUUGCCAAAGGGAAGAUUAACGUGCCGUAAAAUCAUAACAUAUGUGCUGUUGGUGGUUGUGAUCAUUUUCUUGGGAAAUAUCAUUCUUUUCUCAUCGCCUGGAGUAUCGAUUUCAAGGCUUCCAACAGAGGUAAAAAUGAGCAAGUCUUCAGAAGGGGUAGUCAAUUUUGAUGAGAGUGGUAAACGUGCAGCAGUACCGGGAGCAGUUGGUGUCUAG